AUGGCGUCUAAAUCUUCAUUCCUCCCACGCCUUUCCCUCUCGCGCACCGACAACUCCUCCGUCCUGCCCUUUCACAACAGCACGUCUCGAUAUCCCGCCCUCCGAAAUCAGCACAGCGAAUACGACCUGGACGAGCUGUCACCACAAGCAGAACGAGAUGGUCUCCUCCCCCACGCAUUUGACGGGUCCGUCCCGGCUAGCAUGUCCUCGAACCGCAAACCCACCGGGGCCUUGAAUCGUCGGCCCUCCAAUUCCUCCUCCGGCGGCUCGACCGAUGCGAAAAUCCGAAAGGAGAGGGGUCCCGGCAGGGUCAUGUUUGCCGGCCCACCUCCUCCUAUCGCCAUGUCGAGGGUCUUGUACCGUGACGCCGAGGCACACUAUGACGAUGGCGAGGAGGAGGAGGUGCAGGCCGGCGCGGCUUCCUGGCUUCCUGGCAGCGCGCGAAAGGCCAUCAGGAGCGUCAUGUGGGAUCGGUCAGCCGUCGAUCCUCCGCGCCGUCCUGACGAGACACCGGUUGCCUACGAUCGCAAUUCCGUAUGGCGUAGCCUACAGCGGCGUGAGCGUGCCAUUGUGCAGGAUGUGCAGCAAUUCCUGCAGAUCCAGGAGGACGUCCUGACACGUGUCCGGUCGGGCGAUGACGGCGAUGAGCAUAGUAGUGGGAGUGCCACCCCCACAAGUGCGAGUGUCUCUUCGUCGCGGCGGCUUCAACGGUCAAUAAUCGAGCCUGUCACGCGUUCGGGGCCAGGCGGAGAGAUCAUCCCUGUGCGCCAGCCCCGGCGAAAGAAGGCCGGGAUCAGUGAUGCAAGAAAAGGGAUCGCGGGAAGCAUGGCGCAGCUGGCCAACUUGAAGGUUGAGGAAGACGCAUCGAUCCUGAGCGCCCUCUCCACGCGGAAACAAGCCAUUGCAAAGUUGCGCAAGCUGUCCACAAAACACGACGACAUCUCGGAGGAGCUGUCCGCCCUGGAGACAGACGAGGCAGAGCCACUUGCCAGGGAGCUCGAAGAGCUGGGCAGUGAACACAGGGGCGUGUGCUCCGAGAUCGAGGAGCUGCAGAAGAGACUCACCGAACUAAGAACGAGACGGCGUUACUUGGAGCGCAGAAUGGACGGUGUAAAGAACCGCCGAGAGGCCGGGUUGAGUGGCUAUAAGAACGCGCUGAAGGAAGUUGAAGACACUACGAGUAGCUUCCUCGCGCGACCGCCAGUGAAGCCUCUGGAUGUGGAGGCACUGGCUGACAGCACUAACACGGAAGAGCCGAGGUCGACGCCCGGAGGCGUCGAGUUUAUGCAUCUUCGUCCUGAGCGCCGGACAAUCGACAUGGCCCGCGAAUGGUGGGAAAAUGAGAUCGGUAUUUUGGAGAAGCGCAAGAAACAGGUAGACACCGAGCGAGCAGCCCUGGAUGAGGGCGGCCGGGUCUGGGAAGAAGUCGUUGGGCUUGUCCUGGACUUUGAGGCAGGUCUCCGGAAGUUGAUGACCGGAGUAAUGGCAUCAUCAGUCCACUCCGGAAAGGGCAAAGACCGUGAGCUUCCGCCAAAGGAGACCAUUCUGAAGCUACAGUAUGAAAAGAUCAACACUGUAGUGAUAGGUUUGGAACAACGGCUGCGCAUUGCAGAAGACAAGGGCUGGAAUCUACUCAUCGCAGCCAUCGGUGCGGAGCUCGAGGCUUUCAAGCAGGCCCAGAAGAUCAACAGGGAUAUGCUCAAGGAGUCGGGCAUCCUGGUCGAUGAUCCGGCCCCGAGUGAGAUGCCGAGGGAGAACUCCGGUAUAACUGCGAGCACCAACAACUCCUUUCACACUGUCAACGGCGGCAGCGCCAACCUGAAGGAUCUCCAGGAGCAGCUUCUGGAUCUACCAAAUAACCGUGAGGACGAAAAGACCGACGAAAGCGAUAACGAGGUCCCCGCGGACUUGUUAGUCACGCAAGCGGACAGCCACGAAGGGGAACAAGACCAGGACGACGCGCGCAAUGUAGACGGGGCGAAUGAGGCUCCUUUGCUGGACCGCGAGAGCAGUGACAACGAGGUGCCGCCCGAGUUCCUCGUCGAGCACCAUGAUGGUAGGGAAUGA